AUGAUCGUGAUCCCAACAACGAGCGCACAAAACGGAGACAGUGCUGCAGUCCCUGCUGCUGCGCCUACGCCGAUCACUCGUGGCUUGUGGUCGGAACAGGAACACGAGCAGUUUCUGCACGCCAUGAAAAUGUUCCCAACGGGUCCAUGGCGCUCGAUUGCGGCUUUUAUCGGCACGCGAUCCAUUAAACAAGUGCAGACCCACGCUCAGAAGUACCAGCAGAAGAUCAACCGCCGACGCCGUGGGCUCCGAAAACAGAAGAAGAAAUUCGUACGCCCGGAGCACCGCGUAGACGCCCACGCAACGGGUUGUAUCCAGCGUGUCAAGAAUUUCGCCAUGCAGGGCUCGCCCCGCUCGCCUUCGUCGUUCCCUAUGGGCGCCAUGUCGCCGCUUAGUGGCAGCUUUGGUCAGCUAUUGACGGGUGCGUGCAGCCCCGUGGCAAGCGACGCCGGCAGUUGCACGAGCAGCAGCACUAGCUUGGACGUAGAUUUCGACAUGGACAUGGAUGCACUAAUGUGUGACAUGGAUCCGCUACCAUUCACAUCCGGGGUAUCCUACGAAGAGGUUCUAGCGGAUGAAGCUUACCGACAAGACGUGCAGGAGUCGAUUGAUUUGCUUCUUGCCUAA